AUGCAGUUCCCACAUGGCUCCAACAGAAGAGCCUCCCUUCUGGACUUCCUCCUUCCUGGAGUCCCUCUGGAACUGGGUCCUGGUGACUCUCACUCAGACCUCGGCUCAGUCCUGAGCCUCAGCACAGGGAACCUGGAGCCCAAGGUGAAGACGUCCUUCCUCCUCCUCAUCACUCUAGCCAAUGACGGGACAAAGGUUCUGCCCGCGGAUCAGAAGCCUGUCGCGCUGCUGUGCAUCGGCUGCGCUCUCAUCACAUCCAGCGUUCUUCUGCUCCAGAAAAGUCUGUGGAAAGCCUGUUACAAGACCUCCAAGAUGCCUGAAAAGACCACGGUGGCGCUGGUUCUGUUCUUUGAGUUUCUGGUGUCUUUCGGGGCGGCAAUUCUCACCAUCGUGGCCAUGCCUCACUUGGACAUCGUGACCAACGUGACCAUCCUGAACGGGAUCGGGAUCCUGUCCGCGCUCCUGCAGGUCAUCUCUCAGUGCGCCGCCAAGGAGAGGAACCGCUUCCUGGUGCCGUCCAUCACCUCUGUGCUCCUGCUCCUUCUGGGCUUCAUCCUCUUCCUGGUGCUCUACAUCACCAAGGACCCGAACGACACCAAGAUGCUGACGUGGAUAGGCCUGGCCGUUGGAGCUUGCUUCCUGGUCUCCUUCAACUGGUGGGAGAACUACUUCAAGCUGAUCAGCGAGAACAGUAGUUCGGUUUUCCUCAAGAACCUUUGCCACGAUGUGUCCCGCUGUGAGAACAUCCUCAACAUCCUCUCCAGUCUGCUCCGAAUGGCGGUGACCGCCGCGGUGCUCGGGGCCUACGUCCCUCUCUCUGGACUGGACUGGGAUGCCGUGACCUCCAUCCCUCGUCGACAGACCAAAAUCAUAGCUAUCAUUAUUGGAGUCCAGCUCAUCUCCUCGGCGCUGUGCCACUGGUUCUCCCUGGCGGCCUGUAAGAUGCAUGCGCUACGAAGCUGCUUCAUCGUGCCCCUGUACCUGGCCUCUCUGUCCGUCAUGGCCCUGCUGGUCGUCCCGGUCAUCGUCUACUACUACGACUACAGAGCCACCCUGAACGGGACUCAGAUCAACUUCACCGGUUACUGCCACGACGUCAUCUACUCCAGAAAUGACACCCAGACUGGAAGUGUCUUCCCUCACCUGGUUCGUGACGUGACACACACGCUGUGUUUCCUGGACAUGUCCAAGAUCUUCGACAUCGGGGUUCUGACAGGAUCUGCUGUGUCCUGGUGGCUGGGCCUCGUUUUGACCACGGUCCACCUUUGGUCGCUCGGUCUGUACCGCAUCCAGAGAACACAGCAGUUGUUCAUCAGGAGACUCUACGAAGGCGCCUUCAUGGAACAGUCUCUGCUGCUCAACGUUCGCUUUGAAGUCCAGAAAACUGAGCGGCGAAAGAAGUUCCGGACACUCGAGCCAGUAAACGUCUUUCUUUGCGCGACCAUGUGGCAUGAGACGUACGAUGAAAUGAUGAAAAUUAUCAUCUCAAUUUUUCGACUCGACGAAUACAGACCCAAGAAGGACUCGAGCGAUGUCACUUUCGAGGGUCAUAUCUACUUUGACGACGCCUUCAGAGACGUUCCAGGCAGCAUGGGUCGACACGUCAACGAAUACGCCGAGAUGCUGGUGGAAAUCAUCAAAGAGGUUUUUAGCAUUUUUCUGAACCUGGACAAGGGCAUGUUCCGAAAACAGUACCAGGUCCCGGAGCAGACGCUGGUCCGGACGCCGUACGGAGGUCGCCUGGUGGUGACGAUGCCUCACGGAAACAGUCUGGUGGUUCAUUUCAAAGACAAGAACCUCAUUCGACACAAAAAAAGAUGGUCACAAGUCAUGUAUUUGUACUACCUCCUUGGGUGGAAAAUCACAACCAAGUAUUAUAAACGUUGGCAAAAGGGAGAAGACGAGCAGACGCUGAAGAUGGAGCUUCAGGUCAGAAGACUCAUGAUCACACUGCACUACUUUAUGUGCAAUGCACUUAUGUGUUUGUGUGUGUUACUGUCGCUGUAGAAAGAGAAGCACAACACCUACCUCCUGGCUCUGGAUGGGGACACUGACUUCCAGCCAUCUGCUGUCAUGUUGCUCAUUGAUCGGCUGAAGCUGUACCCGAAGGUCGGGGCGGCGUGCGGACGGAUCCAUCCAACCGGUUCAGGUCCAAUGGUCUGGUACCAGAAGUUCGAGUACGCUGUCGGGCACUGGCUUCACAAGACGGCCGAGCACGUGUUCGGCUGCGUGCUCUGCAGUCCCGGCUGCUUCAGCUUGUUCCGGGCGGCCGCGCUGAUGGACGAUAACGUGAUGAAGAAGUACACCAUCAAAGCGUCGCAGGCUCGACAUCACAUCCAGUACGACCAAGGGGAGGAUCGCUGGCUGUGCACGCUGCUACUGAAGCAAGGGUGGAGGGUGGAGUACAACGCCGCCGCUGAUGCCUACACCAACGCCCCUGAGGAGUUCAAGGAGUUCUACAACCAGCGUCGUCGUUGGGGGCCGUCCACCAUGGCGAACAUCGUGGACCUGUUGGGGUCCGGGAACUUGAUCACGAAGAAGAACUCGUCCAUGUCCAGACCGUACAUGUUGUACCAGCUGUUCAGCCUGGCCGCCUCAAUCCUGGCUCCGUCCACCGUCAUCAUCAUGAUCGCAGGUUCCCUGACUGUGAUUCUGGACGUCAGUGCCAACGGGGCGCUGGUCAUCGCCAUGAUUCCUCCCAUCAUCUUCCUCGGCGUCAGCUUCAAAAUCAAGUCGGACACGCAGAUCAAGAUCGCGGGGUUUAUGAGCAUCCUGUACGCCUUCACCAUGAUGAUCACGGCCAUCGCCAUCAUCGGCACCAUGGUGAAGGACAACACCAUCCUGACGCCAAGCAGCAUCUUCAUCGUGGCCCUGGCCAUGUUCUACCUGGUCACCGCCCUGCUUCAUCCUCAGGAGAUGGGCCUGGUGAUAUACGGGUUACUCUACAUCCUGUGCAUCCCCAGCGCCUACCUGCUGCUGGCCAUUUACUCCAUGGUCAACAUGAACAAUGUGUCCUGGGGGACCAGGGAGACGGCGCCACCGGCUGGAGCUCCCAAGCCUGAAGUGGUGGUUCAGGAGACGCCUCCUCAGAAAGUGGAAAGCAAGUUGAACAAGUUCAUCUCCUGGAUCAAACGCUGCCGAGGCUGCAAAUGCAACACCAAGGAGGAACCCGUGGUGGUCCUGCAGAGCCCAGUGCCACAGGAGAUUGAGCCGGGGCUGCUUCCACAAAACACCAUCGUGGAGGAAGAGACGAUUCAGAAGAUGGGGCAGAGGGUGGAGGAGCCCGAAUUCACCUGUCCCAACCAGUGUUGGGUCACGCAGUUGCAGUCUCUUUCAGACGACAUGCACUUGGAAGAGGGCCUCCUGCCAGAGGAGGAGGCGCAGUUCUUCAGAGACCUGACCGUUCAGUACCUGGAGCCUUUGCCAGCCAACAAAAAGAAACAGAAGAAAAUGGCCGACAAACUGAAACAACUGAGAAACAAGAUUACUUUUGUCUACUUCCUUUGCAAUGGCUUCUGGCUGGUCGCGACCUUCUCCAUGCAACUCCAACAAUCCAAUAUCUUCAUCCGGGUCCCCAAAGUCGACGUCAACUUGGACCCUACGGGCGACUACAUCUACAUCGACCCCCUCGGCUUCAUGUUCAUCCUGGCCUUCAUCUUCCUGGUGGUUCUGCAGUUCAUAGCCAUGCUGUACCACAGAGUCUACACACUCAUCCAUUUUGUCGCCUUCACGGACACAGAUUCCAAGUUCAAGAAACAGCAAGAGAAGACCGUUGAAGUCAAGAAGCAGGUGAGCGAGGCCAGCAGCGAGGCCAGCAGCGAGCCCUCCGACGACGAAAGCGACUUCAUGUUUCCGGGUCUGCUGCCGAGGAGCCGCGACCUGGGGACCCUGGUUUGA